AUGGCCGUGCCCGUUGCCGCCGAUGGCGAUCUCAUCAAUUUCGACAUCAUAGAGAACCAUAAAGAGAAUAUCCAAUCCUUACCCAGUGGUCGAUCCGCAAAACAACUGGCCUCCAUCCUUUCGCCUCUACCUUCUGGCAAAGCCAAGGGUACCAAUGCAGUGCCAACACUAGAGGAAACGAAAACACUCAACGACGCCAUCCGACAAGAAUAUGAAAUUGAGAUCCAGUCAAUAAGCGACUCCGACGACCCUUUGGAUAUUUACGACCGAUAUGUCAAAUGGACAUUGAAUGCCUAUCCCUCAGCGCAAGCGACCCCGCAGUCGCAACUCCUUCCACUCCUCGAGCGCGCCACAAAAGCCUUCCUCACUUCGUCUCAUUACAAGAAUGACCCGCGAUAUUUGAAGUUGUGGUUACAUUACAUCCGCCUGUUCUCAGACAGCCCUCGAGAAACCUUCGCAUUUCUUGCGCGCCAUGGCAUCGGGGAAUCAUUGGGCUUGUUCUAUGAGGAAUUUGCAGCAUGGCUAGAAAGUGCAGAUAGAUGGGUGCAAGCAGAUGAGGUGUACAAACUAGGCAUCGAAAGAGAAGCCCGGCCGGCAGAGAGGCUGAUGCGAAAAUACGCCCAAUUCCAACAACGGUUUGACGCCAGACCCCGAGUCGAAAAUGAACCAAGUUCUCCCGCACUUCCAACAGUUCGCCCGGCUUUGGCAGCGAAGAUCGACCCAUUCGCUCCAGCUCAUCGUAAUGAUGACCCACAACCUGCUCGACAGCGGAAUGCUGGAGGACAUGAUGCUGCACCGAUUUCACGCUCGGGAAAGCCAAAGAUGGCGAUCUUUUCAGACGCCGACAGUGUGGCACCAGCGCCGACACAAGCAUCAAACACAACCAAAGGAUGGGAUAGCAUCGGAUCGAUGAAAGAACGAAAAAAGGAGAACACGGUCGAAGCUCGGCCUUGGGCAGGGGAAAAAUUGAAGGCAGGAGGGAGAGUUGGGACAGUGCCAAAGAUGGAGAUUUUCAAGGAUCCGACGUUACGGCAAUCCAACGAGUUACCGGCGAACAGGCGUUCAUCUCCAUCUCACGGCUCGACACAACGGAGCGAAGUGGUCAACCCCCGUACCGGCCGCAUAGAGCGCGUCUUCGUGGACAUUGACGCAGUGUAUCCUCCGCGCUCUGAGCAAGAGUUCAGCUUUGAAGAACUUCGAGCCCUGUCGCGGGGGUGGGCACAGAGGAAUUGGAAGCUAUCACCCCCCCCAGUAUUGAACCCGUUAACGGAGACGACAGGAAACGUGGCAGGCUCAACACCUCGAAAACCAAAAUCAAGAGCAGCAAAAUCUCAAGAACCAGAGGAUAUUGAGAACUUGAACCAUUCGCUCCAAGAAAGAGUUAGUCUGAACGGUGAUGAAAAUCCUAGCCUCAGUAUUCAUGAUGUGUCAACACAAUCCAUGGCCGGCAAGCCAGAAUCAGACUCACUGUCACUAUCACUGCCACCGAACCAGAAACAAAAGGAAAAGAGAACGAAAAUCAGAGAAGUCAAACAAGAGACUCAAACCGUCAAGACUCGCCUUGAGUCACCUUCAGGAAAGAAACUGAAGAGGAAAAAUUCAUCAGCGACCGAACCAACCAUGACCUUUCAUUCCAAAGCAGCUACGAAUGAGAUUUACGACAUGUUUAAUCAACCACUUCGUAGACCAGCAUCGAUGGCAAGAGAUGACACUCAAAGCGGCGACGACACAGAAUUCACUGAGGGCGAAAUAGAUGAUGGAUACAGCACCACUGGUGAUGCUGAGAGCACAGGGACUGGUCUCUUAUCGAGACCUGAUAGUGAAUUCGGUGACGAUACCUUAGCUUCAGUUCGACAGGACAACACAGAGAGCCAAAGCCAAAGUCAACCCGACAGUGUUUCUCCAUGGUCUGACUUCACGGCCAACAAGCACUUGCCUCGCCUUGCCUUAUCUUUCUCCUCUUCUGUCAAGAACAGAGCCUCCCCAGUCAAGGCUCAAGGUAAAUCCAGGCUCAAGCGCCGUCACCGAGAUGUGAUCAGUGAAGACUCAACAGAAAAUAUGGGUUCAUCAAGCCACAACCCAACACAGACGUCCGGAAUGGAAGGGUUUGAUACCGAAGCUCUUGCUGCAAUCGCAAAUGGUAAUUUCGACGACAUGGACACCAAAGCAAUAGCGAUCAUGGCUGGAGAUGUUGAUAUCGAUGUUGACGUCGAUGUCGAUGGAGAGGAUGAAGUUCAGGACGAGCAAGAUGCAGCUGUGCGCGCAAAGGCUGGAAGAGAAGACGGACAGGUGGGAAAUGACAACAUGAACGAUGCAACUGCGCACGAUCUGGCCACACCCGUGAACGAUAUAUUCACCGAACACAGAGAGAUCCCAAACAAACCUUGCUUUGUCCCUCUCCCGCCAGAGGAUUAUGAGCCCACCCCGAAUCGACCAUACCGAGACCCAGCUAUGAUUGCCCAACACAAGUUGCCCUUUAUGACACCCAUUGUGGAACGAACCGAGAGCUCGUUUGCUCCCUCGACUGUUUUUGAUAAAACUGAUUACUUCACAUUCAAGACACCGAGCCGAGCAGCGAAGAGAGGAUAUGAGAGUCCAUCGAAGUCGCAGGUAGAUCGUUUGUUGACGAGUAGUUCCCAACAACAAGAGGAUACUCCUCCAUCGUCAGGCAAGAGAAGGUUCGGUCAGACUGGAGCUACUGAAGAGGAGGUUUUGACUUCUUCUCCACAAUCGAAGGAGGCUGUUGGAUCUGAGCCUCCAGCUAAAUCUGAUUCUCAACCUCUCUUCCCGAUCACAAAGUCGGGUCCAUCUCAGCCAAAGUCUGACAAUGCUGUUGGCAAAACUCCAGCAGUGCCGAACAAGUCCCCGGCGAGACGAGUUCUGCAACCAACAACAAUACGCAAAGGUCCCAUUGUCACCGAUCUACAGUGCAAUCCAUGUGACGAAGCUAUUCGACAGCAGAUUCUGACUGCGAUACACCCGCCUCUAUCUUCAUACAGUGGGUACCAUAGUCAGUCCGAGCACGCGUACAACCACUACCAGACCUUGAAGUCUUAUGCAGAGAAGAUGGCAAAGGUGAAAGGCAAGGGUAGUCCAAGAAAGACUCAGAGCGAGAAGACACUUACCAAGUCUGUGCUGCCAAUCCUAAAAUUUAGAGGAACAACUCGAGUAUACACCGUCAAGCGGGAGUUGGGAGAAGGUGCCUUUGCUCCAGUGUAUCUGGUCGACAGUUACGAUCCUAAUAGUGAUGAGGAGGACAAGGAAAACACUGCCCCCCGAGCAUCAUCGAAUGAUCCCGGCCGUGAACAACUCGAAGCUCUCAAGGCUGAACGUCCUCCAGGGACAUUGGUCUGGGAAUUCCAUAUCCUACGGCUCAUACGUCAACGACUCGGCCCUGCGUCCCGAACAAUGCAGUCCAUCAUUCUGGCACACGAAUGUCAUCUGUACCGGGACGAAGCGUACAUUGUUCUCUCAUACAGCCCCCAGGGGACCUUGCUUGAUUUGGUCAAUCUAGCUCGAAGCGAGAGCGUCAAGGCUGGAAAGCUCCCUGAAGGACUUGAUGAGACUUUGGCCAUGUGGUUUGGCGUGGAAUUAUUGAGGACACUGGAGGACCUGCACCGCGUGGGCAUCUUACACGGUGACCUGAAAGGUGACAAUUGUCUCGUUCGUUUCGACCCCGCAAUUGAACUCUCUAGCCCAUUUGAUUCAGAAGGCAAUCAUGGUUGGGGGGGGAGAGGAUUGAAAUUGAUCGAUUUUGGCCGAGGAAUUGAUGUCCGCAUGUUCAAACCUAACACACAGUUCAUCGCCGACUGGCCAUCUAGCGCUCAAGACUGUGCAGAGAUUCGUGAGUGCCGUCCUUGGAAAUGGCAAAUCGAUUACCACGGCGCUGCAGGUGUGAUCCAUAGUCUGCUAUUUGGAAAAUACAUCGAAACCAUUCCGGCCGCAAGCAGUGGACUGAGACCGGGACAGAAGAAAGAGUGGAAGUUGAAAGACAAUCUCAAAAGAUAUUGGGAGAAGGAGCUCUGGGAGGAGGUCUUUAUGGUUUUAUUGAAUCCCGGCUGCGUGAGCGAUCACGAGGAUAUGCCGAUUCAAGCAAAUCUGAGACGAGUGAGAAUGAAGAUGGAGAAAUGGUUAACAGAGGACGGAGAGCGAGGUGGACGGGAUUUGCGAGGGGCAUUGAGGAAAAUGGAACGGUUGGUUUGUGGAAAAGUGAGAGACUGA